AAACUACGAAUAGCAAGUACCUUUGGCGACUUCAAGUUCAAUGUUAUAUAGCGCUCGGAAGAAAGUUACACUUGCAUUUCGAUGGUGUAUGUUGUGCCGUUCGUUGCGAAUUACUAGUCUUGCUAAGGUGUACUUUUUUUACAAGUGUACUUACACAAAUAAACGAUGGCUCCUAAUUUGCUAGGAAAUUCAACGUUAUUUCUCGCUGAAACAAAUUCAGCCGAACCAAUACAGAUUAUUAGUAAACCAGGACUGCAAGAUGUACUACCGCAAGUAAAGCCACAAAUUUCCAGCAGAUCUUCUGUGUCCCAAUAUAGAUGGCAGAUUGUAUGGAGAAACGUUUUGAUAUUUAUAUACUUGCACAUUGCUGGUAUUUAUGGAUUAUAUUAUGCUAUUGCUCAAGCGCAAUGGAAAACUCUUCUCUGGGGAUAUUUAGUUAUUCUAGCAUCAGGAAUUGGCGUAACAGCAGGAGCGCACAGACUGUGGGCCCAUCGCACAUACAAAGCUAAACUUCCAUUACGAAUUUACUUAGCUUUUUGUCAAACUGUUGCUUUACAAAAUGACAUCUACGAAUGGGUGCGAGACCAUCGAGUUCAUCACAAAUUCACAGAUACAGACGCUGAUCCUCACAACUCUAAUCGAGGAUUCUUUUUCUCACACAUGGGAUGGUUAUUGGUUAAAAAACACAAGGAUGUUUUCGUCAAGGGCAAAACUGUGGAUAUGAGUGAUGUGGAAGCCGAUCCGGUGGUACGGUUUCAAAGAAAAUACUACAUAAUUCUAACUCCAAUUUUAACAUUUGUUUUUCCUGCUAUCGUUCCUUGGUACUUCUGGAACGAAACUCCCACUGUUUGCUUCUAUAGUGUCGCCAUCUUUAGAUAUAUUCUCACACUUCAUGGGACUUGGCUGGUAAAUAGUGCAGCUCAUAUUUGGGGCUAUAGACCCUAUGACAAAAACAUAAAUGCCACAGAAAACAAAAGCGUUUCAAUUCUCGCUUUCGGUGAAGGAUGGCACAACUAUCAUCAUGUCUUCCCUUGGGAUUACAAAGCCGCAGAAUUAGGAAACUACAGGAUGAAUUUUACUACGGCUUUUCUGGAUUUGAUGUCAAAAAUUGGACAGGCUUAUGAUUUGAAAACCGUGUCAGUUGAUAUGAUCAAUAAGAGAAGAAAGAGAACUGGAGAUGGUACUGGAUUGGUUGACGAGGAAUUGCUAGAAAAUGAAGAUAAACAUCACCACCAUCAUGAUGACAGCAUCUGGGGAUGGGGUGAUAAAGAUAUGAAACAAGAUGACAUGGAUAUGGUACAAGUGCAUAAUCCAAGUAGAGAGAAAUUUGAUUAAAAUUGAGUAUAUUUGCUGUGAUGUUUGGUUACCAGUAAUAUUUGAUUCUCUUGUUAUUUAUUGUUAUAUCUUUAAAUUGUAUCUAUUUAUAAUUUAUUUUUUCUGGUGGCUUUAUGUGUUAAAUAUUUCGCCAUGUUGUCGGUACUUUGUCAAGCUUUAUGUGUUUAAAUAAAUUGUAACCUACUUGUUUUAAUUUUCAUAAGCCUAAAUCUGUGUUAUGUUUGUCAUUGUAAUUUCUAAGUUAAAGUAUAUAUAAAUAAAUGCAAUACUUUUCAGAUUUUGGAA